CAUUCCAUUUCCAUCAACAAGAGAAGCUCACCCGUCUGCAUUGCCAAGCCAACAAUAGAAAAAAGAAGGGAAAAAAAAAAUAUGUUGGCAGCAGGAGAAAUUGCAGGAAUCCAUUUCCUCCCCCAGGAAACCCCCUGUUUUCCCCUGCCUCACCCUUCCUCCUCUGCCGCCAUCAACAGAAUCCUAUCCAGCAAUUUCCAGGCGGACUACUUGGUCCCGCCGCCCUGCCCCUACCCAAACUACAACUCCUCCAACGGCACCUCCGACGAGGCCGACGAGCAGCAGCUGAGGAUCGUCGACGAGAGGAAGCAGAGGCGGAUGAUCUCCAACAGGGAGUCCGCCCGCCGAUCCAGGAUGCGCAAGCAGAAGCACCUCGACGAGCUGUGGUCCCAGGUCAUCCGCCUCCGCGCCGAGAACCACACCCUGCUCGACAAGCUCAACCACGUCUCCGACUCCCACGACCGCGUUCUCGAGGAGAAUGCCCGCCUCAAGGACCAAGUCUCCGCCCUCCGCCACAUGCUUACCGACUUGCCCAUUGGGAGCCCCUCCUACGACAAUAAUAAUAAUACGGCCAUUGCUCACAGUCACAGGGCAGACUCCUCUUCAUCCGACCAAUCCAUCCCCACUUCUGUAGACUUGCUUCUUUAAUUUAACGCCCACGCCAGACGAUAUAUUGAUCUCUCUCUCUAUAUAUAUAUAUAUAUAUAUAUAUAUAUGUUGUUCUAUCAGAUCCCUCUGUUGUUUCUUUCAGCUGCCUGACGGACGGAUGCUCUGCUUUUCUGCAGUUUUGUACCAUCCACUCCAUAUAUAUAUACAAUCUUGGUUUACACAUCAUGGUCGAAGAAACCGUACCAGAGAUC